CCGUUCGUGCCAGCUCAGCUGCAGUUUGUACCUGCCAUGCUUCCAGCAACAUCGUUCCUGCCAACACAGCAAGUUACGUAUGUGACGAGCAGCGCUUCUAAUGGCAAUGGGGCAAUAAGCGGACCAUCGAGAGUAACAGCUACCUCAUCAUCGAUGGUUGUUAUGAAUGAUAAUCAAAAUGACCAGCAACACAAUGCUACGAGUGAACUAGAGAGGACAGCUGAUAGUCGAAUGAAUGCUGCAGCAAUUGCUUCAACCAUUAAAGGUGCUAUGACUACAGCCGCUACGGAUACAGUGCCGCAACAGCUUAUCCUAAGAAGCACCGGUCUGGGUUCGUUACAGCGAAAAACAAUAUAUGCUUUUGCAGACAUCGCAGCAAUUCAUGACAACAACGGUGAACUAUACAGCACAACCGAUGAUGGUCAUGCUACCUGUUGA